AUGGCUUUUCCUUCACAAGCGGCCAUAUUGGAGAGCGUUCUCGGCAAGCGUUCUCGGGAAGAGGCCACGAACUAUCAGCGGUUCCCACACAGACGCAGGUUCAGCCACAGCAGAGAGUACAUGAGAGAAUCUUGGCCAAACAAGAGCCGCUAUGAUACGGUAGCGAAACGCCUGGCAAGCUUCAAAGAAUCGAGUGCUUUUUAUUUAGCGCACUACGGUUCGGCAAGGGUAUUUAUCCUGGCCGCCUGUGGACUCGCGUAUUUCGGCUCAAACGACGAAGUGGGCUGCCCUUGCUGCCUGCGCAAAGUUACCUUCGCUCAGACUGCAGAAUUGCUCGAGUCCAAGGAUUGGGACGCGACGAAGUUUCACGAGAGUCAAUGCAGUCUCUUCAAACAAAUCAAGAGAUCCUGCCGUAUGUGUCAAGUCGAUGGGUAUUCCAGAGACCAAUGGACAAAGCAUUUAUGGCGCGCACAUUUGCUCCCAAGUCUGCCCCCUACGUGGGACCAACCGGAAACGGCCAACGAGGCAGCACCCAAUGUCAAACCCAUGACAUUGGUACAGCCCAAGACAGUGGUGUCCGUGGAGCCUUCACUGAAGAUCAUCAUCAAGGUACCCAAGUCGACCAAACCGAUGACCUUGACCCAAUCAUCGACUGUGAUCUCCCUGCAGCCUUCACCGGAGAUCUCUGACAAGCUGAUCAGCCCAUCCACGUUGGUGCGACCCACGACUGUGGUCUCCGUGGAGCCAACCUCAAGGCUCUCGAGCAAGGUCACCGUAGUGGUUUCCUACCAUCCUACGCGCAAGGCGAUCUCGAUUGCUUCUGUGGACGAGAUCGAUUCGGCGGGUAUCAUCCGGCAGAUGACAGCGGCGCAGAUAAUGGAACUGGUGUCGACUAUGAUCCCCAGCCGACGGAGCAUGGCUCAUUUGACAGAACAAGAGAGCACCUCUUCGCCCAUCGAGAACAACAUCACGGCCCUGAUGGACCGAUCCGAGUACGAUGUUCUGCGGGCCAACGUGCGUGUGAUGCGGCAGGUCCUGGGACUUGUUCACAGCGAGAGCGAGGCUUCCGCUGGACGGUCCGAAUAA